UGCAUCACCAUCAGAAGCUCCGAUAUGAUCUGACGGUUAUAAUUGACUCAACCACAGGAUAAACGCCCAGUGCUCAAAACUCACUGCACUUGUACAUAAAUGCAUGCUGCCAGGCUUUUACUUGACUGUUAUUGAGUGUUCAAUCUGUUUCGAGCUAACUUCUCCAUGUUAAAACACACGAGGAUCAAAUUAAGACUUAUCAUUUUUCCCACCUGAUAAACCCAGUAAGUUUCAUAUAAAGCUUAUUUGAUCUUGUUCUUUUCAUUCAGUCUUUUUCUCAAAUAGUUUCUGCUCGUAUUUUUGUUUAAGAAAAGUUAAAGAAUCUCGUGCUAUUUAUUUGGUUGUUUUCGGUUGCAUUGUAUAGUAUUUAUCUCUGCUGAUUGAAUUGCUGGAAAUGCAAGGAAUCAGAGUAAUAAGAUCAAACUUAUCAUGUGUCGUGUUUCGUGUUUGCACCCAUUUAAGUUCUGCAUAUAUAAAAUCGUUCCAAUACACCAACCCCAUCAAUGAAACAACUUUGUUCAAGCCUGUCAAUGAUUUUAGGUUUGCAUUGCAGUUCUCUUGUUUCUCCACUUCGAAUCUCAAAACCCCAAUUCCACCGAACAUAUCCAAAUUAGAAGAAAAGGACCUUGAUGAGAGUGAUAGCGAAACUGAUAAUUGUCAUGAUUAUGAUGAUAAAGAGGUUAUUGAUGUAACUGAUAAUAGACAACUGAAUAUUAGUGAUGAAAGUGUAGUCAAAGAUGUGAAAUCCCUUGUUGAUAUAUUACGUGAAUUUGGUGAUAAAUGCUCUGAAAUGAAAGCCAAGAUUGAGCAAUGCAGUAUUAGGAUGUCAUCAGAGUUGGUGGUGGAGGUUCUUUCUCAGGUUCGAAAUGAUUGGGAAGCAGCAUUUACUUUCUUUCUAUGGGCUGGAAAGCAGCCAGGUUAUGCACACUCUACACGCCAAUAUAAUGCAAUGAUAUCUAUUCUUGGCAAAAUGAGGAAGUUUGAUACAGCAUGGGCAUUGAUUGAUGAGAUGAGAGGGGGAAGGAACGGUCCUUCUUUUGUGACAAAGCAGACUCUAUUGAUCAUGAUUAGGAGAUAUUGUGCUGUGCAUGAUGUCGGGCGGGCCAUAAAUGCUUUCUAUGCUUAUAAAAAGUUUAAAUUUGAUGUGGAUAUGGAUGAUUUCCAAAGUCUUUUAUCAGGUCUUUGUCGGUACAAGAAUGUGCAGGAAGCUGAGCAUUUGAUGUUUUGUAACAAGGAGGUGUUCCCAUUGAAUGCCAAGAGUUUUAAUAUUAUACUUAAUGGAUGGUGUAAUAUCAUUGGUAGUCCACGAGAAGCAGACAGAGUUUGGAGGGAAAUGAGUAGGAGAGGCAUUUAUUAUGAUGUUGUGUCAUUCUCAAGUAUCAUGUCUUGCUACUCGAAAGUAAAUAACCUUCAUAAGGUGCUCAGGCUUUUUGAUCAAAUGAAAAAAUGGGGGAUUGAACCAGAUAGAAAGGUUUACAAUGCGGUCAUUCAUGCUUUGGCAAAAGUUAGGUUUGUGAGAGAGGCAAUUAAUCUCAUGAAAACUAUGGAAGAGAAGGGUAUAGCUCCAAACGUUGUCACCUAUAACUCAUUGAUCAAACCUCUCUGUAAAGCACGAAAAAUUAAUGAAGCUAGGGAGGUCCUUGAUGAUAUGUUGCAGCGGGGUCUCAAACCCACAAUUCAGACUUACCAUGCCUUCUUGCGUAUAUUGAGGACAGGAGAAGAAGUGUUUGAGCUUCUUGAAAGUAUGAGAAAGAUGGGCUGCCAACCAGAUAAUGAUACUUAUAUCAUGUUAAUUAGAAAGUUUUCUCGAUGGUGCCAGUUUGACAAUGUCUUUAAGGUGUGGGAUGAGAUGAGUGAUAGUGGAAUUGGUCAUGAUCGUAGUUCAUACGUUGUGCUGAUACAUGGCCUCUUUUUGAAUGGAAAGCUGGAGGAAGCACACAAGUAUUAUGUAGAGAUGAAGGGAAAACAGUUUUUGCCAGAACCUAAAACUGAUGAGAUGAUUCAGGAUUGGUUGUCCAAUAAGCAGUUUGCUGAGCGUCAGGUGGCAGAGUUCAAAGCUAAUAAUCUUCAGUCAGGUAAACAUAUGGGAAUAACCUACAGGAGAUCUGACGAGGACAGAAAUUUUCUUCGAAGACCUGAGACUAGAAGAGUUGUGAGGGAGCGUGGAUUUUCUUUCUGGGAGCACUAGAAUUAAGUAAUAAUAAAUUGUCAUGGUAUGUGUUUUGUGUAUGAAUUUGAUUAUUACUGAAAUUCUCUAUGAGUUUCCUUAUGAACAUAAUAGAGGUGAGUGACCCUAUACAUUGUAAAAUCAAGAUGCUUUUUUUCUUACUGUUAUUGGUGCUAAAAUUCAUCAUAAAUAACCAGCUGUCUUCAAUUUAUAGAUCAA